UACAUUAAAUUUCAAGCACUUGAUACCAUGUAACAACAACGUUUUAUGAUAAGAACCGAAUGGGUUAUCGCGGUUAACGCGAGUAAUGCAUUAACAAUGUUUAAACAUAUUGCGUGUACGUAGGCAACCAGAUGUCUUCGUGCUGACCCAAAAUUUUAGUUUGGUUAAGUUGUGAAUUACUUUAAGAAAUCUUGAAAUGGCAUUGUUUUUUACGUUAACUAAGUGCAACAAACUUGUCUUCACGCUACAAAUCACCAAGAAUGGACGCUACUAUAGUAUUUUAUCUCGGCAUCGAGAUAAAACGAAAACGCAAUCAUGUUGUGUCGCAACCAGCAAGUCGAAUUCAAAAAACACAGAGUGUCAAAACCCAAAGAAAGCAGGUGGUGUUCUAGCUAGAAACCUUCAAAGAAUCAAAUCCUUUUCAUUCCUGCCGAAAUCGCAACAAACAAGACAAUGUUUCCAUCCUGGAGCAUCAGUUCUCUCCAGAGAAGAUUUAUCAGUCACAGAAAAAGCACCGAUCACAUCAAAACAAAUGAUUUCCGCAAUGCUGCAAUACAUUUGGCCAGCUGAUGAUCCAGCCAUAAGAAAAAGAGUCUCAGUUGCAGUGGGUCUCCUGGUAGGAGCAAAGUUACUAAAUGUUGCUGUCCCAUUCAUGUUUAAGUAUUCUGUAGAUUAUUUAAAUGCUGGUGGCACUUUGAACAUGACAACAGCACCCGAAACAGUUGCCACUGUUGUUACAAGUCUCCUGAUUGGUUAUGGUGCUGCACGUGCUGGAGCAGCGGGGUUUAACGAGUUGCGUAACGCAGUUUUUGCGAAAGUCGCGCAGAAUUCUAUCAGAAAAAUUGCUAACAAUGUGUUUGUACACCUACAUAAAAUGGAUCUACAGUUUCAUUUGAGUAGACAAACAGGCGCGCUGUCGAAAACAAUCGAUCGGGGUUCCCGCGGGAUUAAUUUUGUCCUCACCGCGAUGGUUUUCAAUGUUGUCCCAACUGUUUUUGAACUGACGUUGGUAUCAACCAUACUUGGUAUGACUUUCGGCCCGCAAUUUGCUGCUAUUUCAGUUGGAUGUGUUGCUGUUUAUGCUGCGUAUACUUUAUCUGUGACUAGCUGGCGGACCAAAUUCAGAGUGUUUAUGAAUAAAGCUGAAAACGAGGCGGGGAACAAAGCGAUUGAUUCGUUAAUCAAUUACGAAACUGUUAAAUAUUUCAACAAUGAGAAAUUCGAAGCUGACAGAUACAAUCAAGUCCUCAAGAAGUUCGAAGAUGCUAGUCUUAAAACAAGUACAAGUUUAGCACUGCUUAAUUUUGGCCAGAAUGCGAUUUUCAGCGCUGCAUUAACAGGUAUCAUGAUAAUGGCAGCUGGGGAGAUUGUUAAAGGCAAUAUGACUGUUGGUGACUUGGUGAUGGUAAAUGGUCUGCUUUUUCAACUGUCAAUACCCUUGGGGUUCUUGGGUAGUGUGUAUCGUGAGGUGAGGCAGGCUUUAAUCGACAUGCAGACGAUGUUUACACUGAUGACAAUGGAUCCUGCAAUUAAGAGUAAACCACAAGCGGCUUACAUGUUUGUUGAUUCGAAAACCUCUUCGAUUACUUUCGAAAAUGUCAAGUUUGAUUAUGGUCCUGGUAAAGAGAUUUUAAAAGAUUUGAAUUUUACGAUUCCAGCGGGGAAAAAGAUUGCUAUCGUUGGAGGAUCUGGAUCGGGAAAAUCAACGAUUGUACGACUUUUGUACCGGUUUUACGAACCCAAAGCUGGAAGAAUAUUGAUUAAUGGCAUGGAUAUUCGUGAUGUGGACUUGGAAAGCCUCCGCAAAGCAAUUUCCAUUGUCCCGCAAGAUUCUGUUCUCUUCCAUGACACCAUAAUGCAUAAUUUGCACUAUGGUGAUCUUAAAGCUUCCACAGAGCAAGUAAUUGAAGCUACAAAGAUGGCGGAAUUACAUAACAGCAUUAUUACGUGGCCAAAAGGGUAUAAUACCCAAGUGGGUGAACGUGGUUUAAAACUUUCUGGUGGCGAAAAACAAAGAGUCGCUAUUGCCAGAGCCAUUUUGAAAAAUUCCCCCAUUUUGAUUUUUGACGAGGCUACAAGUUCAUUGGACUCUAUUACUGAACAUCAUAUUCUAAACGCGCUGAGAAGAGCAACCGAAGGACGCACAAGCAUCUGCAUCGCACAUCGUUUGAGCACAGUGCGUGAUGCUGACGAAAUUCUGGUCUUAGAAAAUGGCGGUGUGAGGGAACGUGGGUGUCAUAAUGACCUGAUUAAGAAACCAGGCAGUUUAUACGCCAUGUUAUGGCAGACACAGAAUCAACAAGCGUCAAUGCCGCGUGAUAAACUUCUAUAACGUAAAUAUUGGGUCCUAGGCAAAUUUAUAUGAGAUUUUUAGCUAAUAACUUAUUAAGUUACUGUUGAAACAAAUGAAACAAUAAAACUAUUGUGUUUAAUGUACAGAA